AUGGCAUACUGCCCUCUGGUGAUCAGGUUGACUCCAGGAGACCUCGUGAAGAUUGAGAAGCUCCAGACGCUGCAGGAGUUCCAGAUGCGGAAGGGAGAGCAGCACCUGUGGAUUUGGGACAUUGAGGGGGAGCUGGCACGAGAGAGACAGCCCCUCUCGGGUUCCCACCUCCAGCCGGUCUCCGCCCCCCGUGGGCCCCGCCCCCACUUCCUCCCGCCCCUCCGGGCCCCGCCCCCUCCCCGGACUCCGCCCCUUCUUGACAGGUUGCCACCUCCUGCCAGGCUCUGCCCUUCCCCGACCCUCCGGGCCCCGCCCUCUUGGCUCCGCCCCUCCUUCGGGCCCCGCUCCCGCCCCGCCCCCGCCCCGCCUCCACCGCCUCCUGGCACUGCAGCGCGGGUCGUGCGCCUCCCUGCCUCCUGCCGGUCUCCUCCCGGCCCCGCCCUCAUUCGGGCCCCACCCACGGCUCCUCCUCCGGCCCCGCCCAGGGCUCGCCCCUACCCGCUCCCCGCACUGCAGCGCGCCCCGCGGAUGGGAACGUCCCUCGCCUCCUGCCGGUCUCCGCCCGGCCCCGCCCUCCUCCGGGCCCCGCCCUCCUCCGGGCCUCGCCCCAACCCCCGGCCCCGCCUCGCGCCCCCAUCUGGGCCCCGCCCUCGGCCCCGCCCCUCCUCCGGGCUCCUCCCCCUUCCUCCCGCCCUUCCACCGGGCCCCGCCCCCGUCCCCACACCCUCCCGCACUGCAGCUCGCUUGGUGGCUCGCGCGUCUCCUGCCUCCUGCGGGUCUCCGCCCCGGCUCCGCCCCAUUUCCUCCGGGCCCCGCCCCGGCCCCGCCCCCAUCACCUCCCUGCACUGCAGCGCGCUCCACGGGUCGCGCGCCUCCCUCGCCGCGGCGCAGGCUGCAAGCUCAGCAAGUCUUGCGGCAAAGACACUCCGGCCGAGUUGGGGCCGGGGCUCCGCGGGACUCCGGGCCGAGCGGACGCCCUCUCGGCCGUCGCCGGCAGCCCGCCGGCCCUCACUUCGGGGACGCGGGUCCCUGCUGGCUGGCUACCUCGGUGAGUCGUACCGCCGCGGUGAGGGGCGCCGACCGCCUCCUCAGAAGUUUCUACUCCUCACCGAGGGGCCGCGGGUGGGGUCCGCUCCCGGGGGCGGGCGGUCGCGGAGCUUUGAGCCCGAGGGGCCCGGGCGCCCGCACCGUCCUUUGGGGGAGUUUGCGCGCGUCCAGAUGAGGCGUCUGGGGAGCCGGACCCGAGCGGCGCGGAGCCGCUGCUCUGCGGAUUUGGGGCGGGAAGAGGGGGCAGUUUCCACCCUGGCUCCCCCGGGACGAGCUGCGGAGCAGAGGGCCGGGCCCACUCCGCUGCGCCCCCGGGCUCUGAGCCCCCGACCCUCUUUCCCGCGCCUCGGAGACGUCCCCACUCCCGUCUCGCUCCAGCCGAGGUUCUCCUUGUCCACACCUCAAGCUUCGGGGACCCCCGGCCCCGCCGUCGUGGGGGGAAGCAGGGAGGAUCCUGAGCUCCAGGAGGUAGAGACCCUCGGGAGAGGAGAGUGGCUUUCCCCGGUGGUGGCAGAGAGACAGGAGCGCAAGGGCAAGGAGGCGCUGACCCAGGGCGGGGGCACUGCAAUGAGGAGAGAGGGCUCCCCGCCUGGAGUGGGCUGGGCUGGGGGACAGGAGGACCUUAGGAUCCGGGGACACCCAGAGAGAGGAAGUGUGGACAGACAGAAAGGGCCCAACGGUGCUGGGAGGCUGGGCCUCACCACGCCCGCUCCAGCAGCCUGGGGCGCCCCCAGGGUUGGGGUGGUGGUGCUGGGCCCCAAGACAUUCCCUGCCCAGGACAGCUGCCCACCAGAACCAGGUUUCCUCAGGGUGGGCAGCCCUCCAUUCCCUCCGCAAGAAGCCAGGAAGCCUGAGACCCUCACCCGGCCCUCUGGGACCAGGGCUGUGCGCAAGGCCCAGCAGCCCGCAGCUCUCCUAGGCGUCCUGCUCACCUUGGUGCAGGUGGGCACGGGGCAGGCUGCCCAGCGGCCUGAGUCUGGUGGCAGCGGGGAGGGGCCCCGACCUCCUAGCUCCGAGCGCCGUGUCGCUGGCUAUCACCCGCACAGAUGGCAGGCUGGCAGUCCUCCAGGCCGGGCCAGCUUGGCCCCCCGCUCUAUCCUGGCUGCCCCCGAGCUAGAGCCACCUGUGCCGGAGAGACUGGCCACAGAGCGGGGAGCGGGCGGGGCCCUGCCGCCCUCCCAGCAGAGCUGCAGUGAAAAGUUCCCUGGAAAUGAGACCCAGGAACAGAAGAAGGGCACCAAGGCAGAGCGUGUGGAAUUAGUGUGUCGCCCAGUGGGCAAGCGGAGGGGCCCCUCCCCCCGGAGGCCCCUGCAGCAGACUGGCAUCUGA